UGUGUGUGUAUGUGUAUGUGUGUGUGCGCGCAAAAAAACACACUCGACUGAUCCGAAACACUCACGCAGAGGCUGCCGCGGUGCGUGGAGAGACGGACGGACGCGCAGUGCGCCAAAAGGAACCGUGCGUGAAUGCGCGUUAUUCGUGGAUUUUACGGGAUUGUGUUGAUUUUUCCUAAUCUGUCGUGGAUGUAACCCUCUGAGUGAAGACCCCACCGCGCGGAAUUGCCACCAUUUGGAUGUUACAGCCUCAGUCAUGCGCGUUACAUGCGGAUCUGGGAUCAUUUUGGGCAUGUUGAUGGACGUUUGGCUCACGGACUGAUGGAUUUGACAUUACCGGAGACUAUCUGGUGUCAGAUGAAAGUUGCGUCCGUAUUGUUUGGAGUUGCUGAUCGUGUCUUAUGGAUCACUACGGUCAGCACAGAGGGGUCGUCAGACAUUCGGACCUACCAUCUGGGGCAGUUCUGUCCCUGGAUCAGAUCAAAGCCAUCCGCUCUUGUAACGAGUACACGGAGGGUCCCGUCGUACCGUGCAGACCGGCCCCAGGGCCCCGCACACCACCGCGGACUACAGACAAACAUGAGAGGACUCACGAGGUGAUUCUGGUGAACGUGAAUAAUAAUAACGAGCACCGGCAGUCGAAUUCCCAGCCACCGAUGCUCAGCCGCUCAACCAGCACGGGCAGCGCCGCGAGUUCCGGGAGCAACAGCAGCGCUUCCUCAGAGCAGGGUCUGCUCGUGCGGUCUCCGCCGAACCUACAUACUUACCGCCACAGACCGGAGCGCGCCGUACGGACUCAGCCGAAAUCUCUGAGCACCUCUUCGCAUCCGUUUCUCCCUCCGGAUGUACUGCUAAAACAAGCGCAAGUGGAAAAGAUCGAGUCUUCUCACCUGUACAUCUGCGAGAAUUGCGGGAAAUGCAAGUGCAGCAAAUGCACGGCGCCGCGGCCGCUCCCGGCACGCCUGGCGUGCAACGGACAGUGUCUGUGUUCGGCCGAGAACGUUGUCGAACAUGGAACGUGCAUGUGUCUGGUGAAAGGGAUUUUCUACCACUGUUCCAACGAAGACGACGUGGGCGACCCGUGCGCCGAUCAGCCGUGCUCGCUGUCGCAUCCGCAGUGCUGCUCACGCUUCCUGUGCAUGGGCCUUGUGUCCAUGCUGUUCCCGUGUCUGCUGUGUUACCUGCCCGCUAAGGGCUGCGUGAAAGCGUGCAACUCGUGUCACGACCGCGUGAACAGGCCGGGCUGCCGGUGCAAAAACUCAAACACUGUUUACUGCAAGCUGCAGAAUUGGCAGCACGCACCCGGAAAACCUUCCUGAGGCCCCGACUAUAUUGUGUUCUUGUAAAGAAAUAUUAUUUCGUUUGCUGGAUCAAAAGCUAGCACGCUGCUGCAGGCCGUGGAAACGGGAAACGCCCUCCCAUUGGAAAGAGGGGAGGGGCCAGAUGAAAAGGGGUUAUCAUGCUAAUUAAUAUUCUAUAAGCUCCGCCCCCUAGUCUCCUUGCUGUUUUGGAGGAAAAACCACUUGUUUUUUGGCAGGUCUAUUGUUUAUAAACCAGCGUUUGCCUUAUCUAACUCUGUACAGCUACUAUCUAACAUAAAGAGCUGAUUUGAAAGACUGGUGUUUUAGAAACGACCUGCUACCAAACCUGUGAAGGACAUUUUUGUAGCCAGACCAUAAUAUGUAGCUGUCUCCAUAGCAACGAGGCGUGCUUGUUGUAAAAUGGUUUCUAUGCAUCUGCUUCGUAUUCCCGAGGGCAUUCCGAACGUCUGAAACUCUGUUCUCAUUUUGUUGAUGUAAAAUUGUAUGUUCAAAUUCAUAAGAGGAAUUACGGCUAUUUUUUUAAAGAACAUGUUAAAUCUGUUAAAUCUUUUGUUUUUGUUGUUGUAAAAAUAUUUAUUAUAAGCUCUAUUAUUUUAUGCUAUUUAUUGCAAAAGACAGAUUACACGUGUCUGAAUAUAACAAAAUGUCAACACUUACUGCAACAUGAAAGAGUGGAGAUGGAAACAUGUUUAACUUUAAUGCAAAAAUAAACAAAUUAAUGCAAAACACUGUGUAGUGUCUUAUUUCAUUUCGGUCAAAGAGAAAACAUGAGGGAA